AUGACUGCAAGCAGUUGCAACGAAGCUGCUUUGUAUUGUGGGCAAGAAUGCAGAGUCCCUUUGAUCAUGAUGCUCUCGAAUGUUCAGAACCAGCCGUGGACCGACGUCCAACAGCGUGGUGGUAACGCACGUAAAAGAGUACACGGCAUUGUCACGGAUCAAGAUGCCAACGAGCGUGUCCCAAGUCCAGUCUUCCAGCUGCCGAUUCUCUGCGAAGUGAACCAACGCUGCUCUGAUAUUGAGCGCAAAGAGUACCGCUUCAAAACAGCAGGUUGGAACGAAAAAGGUGAUCAGAAAGUCUGCAGGUAA